UCAGAAAUACAAGGGGAUAAACUUCUGACUGUCGGAUCUCUUCAGGCUGAGAGACUCCAGAGUAAAUUAACUGAGAGAGAGAGAAUUUAAAGAAGGUAUUUCUUUAGGUGAACUUUUUUGGUUGUCUGCUCUGCCAACAGCAGUGUAAAAUAACGAAGAAACUGCAGCAGUCCUUUCCCACUGUCUUUCUACAUAAUCAGUGUGCAGGGUAGAAGGGAACAGGACCCAUAUGUCAGUGGUCUAGGAUGGCCAGUGAAGGCUCCAACAUCCCAAGUCCUGUGGUCCGUCAGAUUGACAAGCAGUUUCUGAUUUGCAGCAUAUGCCUGGACCAUUACAAGAACCCCAAAGUACUUCCCUGCCUGCACACUUUCUGUGAGAGGUGUUUACAGAAUUACAUUCCAGCCCAUAGCUUAACCCUUUCUUGCCCUGUGUGCCGCCAGACCUCCAUUCUGCCAGAGAAGGGGGUUUCUGCACUCCAGAACAACUUCUUUAUUACCAACCUGAUGGAUGUCCUGCAGCGAACGCCACACAACAUCAUUGAGGAGUCCUCCAUCUUGGAGACUGUCACUGCUGCUGCUGCAGGCAAACCGCUCUCCUGCCCCAAUCAUGAUGGAAAUGUGAUGGAGUUUUACUGCCAGUCCUGUGAGACAGCCAUGUGCUGGGAAUGCACAGAGGGGGAACACGCAGAGCAUCCCACGGUACCACUCAAGGAUGUGGUGGAGCAACACAAGGCUUCCCUCCAAGUCCAAUUGGAUGCUGUCAACAAAAGGCUUCCAGAGAUUGACUCAGCACUUCAUUUUAUAUCUGAAAUCAUACACCAGUUAACCAACCAAAAGGCUAGCAUUGUAGAUGACAUUCAUUCCACUUUUGACGAACUCCAGAAAACUUUAAAUGUGCGAAAGAGCGUGCUGCUCAUGGAGCUGGAAGUGAAUUAUGGCCUUAAACACAAAGUCCUCCAGACGCAGCUGGAUACUUUACUAGAAGGACAGGAAAGCAUUAAAAGCUGCAGCAACUUUACGGCCCAAGCCCUCACCCAUGGCACUGAAACUGAAGUGCUGCUGGUGAAGAAGCAGAUGAGUGACAAGCUGAAUGAACUGGCUGAGCAGGACUUCCCGCUGCAGCCCCGUGAAAAUGAUCAGUUGGACUUUAUAGUGGAAACAGAAGGCCUGAAGAAGUCCAUUCACAACCUGGGGACUAUUUUAACUACCAACGCUGUUGCCUCUGAAACAGUUGCCACCGGUGAGGGACUGAGGCAGACAGUGAUUGGACAGCCCAUGUCCAUAACCAUCACAACCAAGGACAAAGAUGGGGAGCUCUGUAAAUCUGGGAAUGCUUACCUCACUGCUGAACUGAGCACACCUGAUGGGAGUGUAGCGGAUGGAGAAAUACUCGACAACAAAAACGGCACCUACGAAUUUUUGUAUACUGUUCAGAAAGAAGGGGACUUCACUUUGUCACUGAGACUUUAUGAUCAGCAUAUCAAGGGUAGCCCAUUCAAACUUAAAGUGGUCAGGUCAGCAGAUGUGUCUCCUACCACUGAAGGGGUUAAGAGACAUGUUAAAUCUCCAGGCAGUGGUCAUGUGAAGCAGAAAGCUGUGAAAAGACCUGCGAGCAUGUACAGCACUGGCAAAAGAAAAGAGAAUCCCAUUGAAGAUGAUUUGAUCUUCAGAAUAGGCACCAAAGGAAGAAAUAAAGGGGAAUUUACAAAUCUUCAAGGUGUAGCUGCAUCUACAAAUGGAAAAAUAUUAAUAGCAGACAGUAACAACCAGUGCGUGCAGAUAUUUUCCAAUGAUGGUCAGUUCAAAAGCCGUUUUGGCAUACGAGGAAGGUCUCCUGGCCAGCUGCAGCGGCCAACAGGAGUGGCUGUGCAUCCCAGUGGUGACAUCAUUAUUGCAGACUAUGAUAACAAAUGGGUUAGCAUAUUCUCAUCAGAUGGAAAAUUUAAGGCCAAAAUUGGAUCUGGAAAGCUCAUGGGCCCUAAAGGUGUUUCAGUGGAUCGUAAUGGACAUAUCAUUGUAGUGGACAAUAAAGCAUGCUGUGUCUUCAUCUUCCAGCCAAAUGGGAAAUUAGUCACCAGGUUUGGAAGUCGAGGAAAUGGUGACAAGCAGUUUGCAGGUCCUCAUUUUGCAGCUGUAAACAGCAACAAUGAAAUUAUCAUUACAGAUUUUCAUAACCAUUCUGUCAAGGUAUUUAACCAGGAGGGAGAAUUUCUGCUUAAAUUUGGAUCAAAUGGAGAAGGAAAUGGGCAAUUUAACGCACCAACUGGAGUAGCAGUAGAUUCUAAUGGAAAUAUUAUCGUAGCAGACUGGGGAAACAGCCGAAUACAGGUUUUUGAUGGAAACGGAUCAUUUUUAUCCUACAUUAACACCUCUGCUGACCCACUUUAUGGUCCCCAAGGUCUGGCUCUUACUUCAGAUGGCCACGUUGUAGUUGCAGACUCUGGAAAUCACUGUUUCAAGGUGUAUCGAUACUUACAGUAGCAAUGAGCUCUGGAGCUGGAUAAUCACCCACCCUUACAAAAAGACUCAUCCUAGAGAUCCAGUGCAAGAUAUCUCCUACUUUUUUUUUUCAUUUUUAAUAACAAAGGAGUCUCUUGUGGACUUCUUGUGAUAAUUUCCAAGCUUACCUUGUUUACAUAGGACUUGCACCUCUUAUGUUUCUCACUGAACUUUUUGAUGUGUUAAUAAAAAAAAUCCUCUGUAACUGAAUUCAUAUAGACAAUGUGAAAUUACACACAAACUGCAACCUAUGAAACUGGAAUUAACUAAUAAGGUAAAAAUGAGAAAAAAUUGGGAAAAGUCCCCAAAGCUUUUUGAUGACUGCAAAGGAUAGCUCCUGCUCAGAGCUUCCAAGUCUAAAUAACCAACUUCCUGGAUUAUUUAACCCAGAGGUGAUCCUGGGAAUGUUCUAGAUCUCAUUAUCAUGGUAGGUAUUACACUUUUAACAUUCUUCAGUCUUACUGUGUAUAACAAGUAGGUUCUUUUAGUAUAAGGUUAAGUCUCACAAAAUCCAUCUAGCUCUAACCAUCAGACCUAACACAGCUCAGUGUUUAGCACUAUGAGAAUCAAUGCAAAUUCCCUAUUCAUGUGGAAUUAAUGAAGGAUUGUUUCGUGUGGCCGUUUUUCACUCUUCCUCUUGCUCAGUGUGCAGGAAGGAGUUUGCAGAGACCUGACAUUUCUAAAACUCUGGAAAAACUUAAUUGUAGCGAUAUGUUAGUGGGAGCAGACCUUUUGACACCAAACUAGUUCAUUAGGAUCAAGGUUAUUACAAUGUCAAGUUGAUUAACCUCAUGUGUGCCACUCUUUCAUACAUGUCCAUUGCCAUGUUUCCUUACGGCAACUCAUUGUAUUAACCUGUAAAAUAAAAUGCAGCUUCACACAGGACAGAAAGCCAGAGAAGUACCCCUGUGGAGGACCUACAUUAUACAACCAAAGGAACUAUGGUAAACAGAGGUUGUAUAGGAAAUCCAAGGGUUACCAAAGCUAUUUGUUUUUAUGUGAGAAAAAAUUCGUUAAAAAUAAAAUUGAAUUUGAACCAAUUCCUGAAGUCCGUCAUCAAAGGGAAUUUUGUUAGAGAACAAAACAAGGACUGUUAGAUUUGUUCCAAUUUGUUUGUAUGUAUGUAUGUAUGACUGAUUGACAUAAAAAUAAAAAAACUAAACAUGGGUUAUUUCAGCAAACUGGAAUGUAUGUAUGAUAUUUGACAAUGGAAGUACUCUAAAAAAUGACCUUUCUUCCUCUGCCAGAUCCCUCUACUGUGUUCUUUGUUGAAGUAUUAAUUUAACUGGAAAUGCUUACAGGCAUGGUUCUGUUUUUAAUGUUUGAUUUGUUGAGGUUUUUUUAAGUAUAAACUUGUCCUUUCUAAAGUAGCAUUGGCUUUAUUCUUAUUUCUAUAUCCAGUGGUCAAAGGUUGAGUUGCUACUGUAGCCUGAUAUAGAUAGUGGUGCUCCCUUUUAAGUGUUGUUUAAGGAGCUGUGAGCUUGCUGCCAAUGCCUACAAUAGCAUGGGAAAUGCUGUCUUUCUUUUCUCAUUUUUAGGGCCUUGAAACAAAAGGGCAUUGGGUCAGAAACAAGGGAGUAUUUUAAGCAUGUUUGCAAAAUGGAAAGAAAUCUUUGAUAAAAUUUCUUGUUAUAAGUAUUUGUCUUAUUUCUAAAACGUCGGUGGUUGUUUCAAUGAAUUUGAGAAAAAGGUAUGGUUUUUUGUAAAGUUGCAUUUGACUUGUAAAAUGCAGACCCCAAGGUUCUUAAAUGGGGGGUUUGUCUGGUUUUUAAUUACUGUUUCCUAAAGAUAUUUCCUCUUCUUUCCUUUAUUUUUUGCACAUAGAACCAAUUUACAAUUUCUUGUGCAAAUAUGUUUCCUUAUUUCAUUGGAAUAAAUUCUUUGUGCAUGAAGCUUAAGGACUGUAUAAUGAAGCUAAGAAACUGGUGGUAACAUUUAUGAAUAUUAAAACUCAAGUUUGUUAUUACUAAGAGAACAAAAUAUCCUCUGCUUGAACUGAGUUUGUCCUAAAAUUCUGAAGAUGGUAUCUCAGUCAUUACAAAUAAACUGUCCUAUCAAAAUUUAACAAAGCUGUAGAUCAAAUUUUCAUUCCAAGUGUCCUUAUAAC